CGUUUGCUGUUUCUAGGGUUUAUAGUUUCCGCGGCGGCAGAGACACCUAUAGACCAGAAUCAAUCAUGCCGUCGCACAAGUCGUUCAUGAUUAAGAAGAAGUUAGCGAAGAAGAUGAGGCAGAACAGGCCUAUUCCUCAUUGGAUCCGUAUGCGCACCGACAACACCAUCAGGUACAAUGCUAAACGCAGGCACUGGCGCCGCACCAAGUUAGGGUUUUAAAUUAAGUAUGAUGCUAUUUUUGUUGAUCUGUUCUGAUUUACAGCAGAAGUUGUUUUACUGUUCGAUUAUGUAUUGUUUUAACAUUCCAAUUUUGAGACAAAAACUAUGUCUUUAGCUUCUUGUUAGAAUGCUGUUCAAUAUCUACGUAAUUUUAUAUUGAAGUCCUGGUUCUAU